UCCACCCAGCAAUAGAAAUUUUAUCACAUAGCUAUACUUUGAACUGCAGAUCAGUUGACCCUUUGAGACUUUGACGUAACAACACAUCUUUCUACCCAAUGAACACCAUUGAUUCUAACCUAGGUUUGCCUUCCGAAGAAGAUUUCUGUAAAGAUUAUUUGCUGCUCAAUCCGAAAGAAGCUGGUUUUAGCGACCUCCUUCGCAUCUUCUAUUCACGCGAAUUACAAAAAAGAGACUUCUUUGAUGCCCCGGAGGCAGACAGCCUAAGGGGCCUCCGUCGCCGAUGGGUAGUUUUUGUGUCUGUCAUGGCUCAGAUGCUCCUCCUCCAGUUGAAAAAACCUUUGGCAGACCUAGGAUCUACUCUGGAGCUGUUGCAGAAUUAUCCAUCCAGCAAUGGUGGCUUGGGCGGCCUUUUACGGAAUUUCCUUACGGGAAAGGUAGUAACGCCAGACAGGUCGGCUGCAACUUUCAGGUCGAUAGUUGCGAAUCUGGACACGCGAGUGGAUUUAGACGGAAGGAUCAAAGCUAAUGACGAGAGGUAUGGUGCAGCCUUGUCUAUAAUGGCCGCUAAAUUGGCCUAUGAAAAUGAAGCCUUCUCCAAAACUGUGGUCACAGAUCACUGGCAGAUGGAAUUCUUGGGCUCCUUCAACUUUUGGAAUGAUUAUGAGGAAUCAUACACAACACAAGCCAUCAUUUUCGAAGACAAGAGAACCAGUGCUGAUUCUAACCUGACUGAGGUGGCCUUUCGAGGGACACAACCGUUUGAAGCUGAUGAUUGGCGUACGGAUUUGGAUAUUUCGUGGUAUGAUAUCGAAGGUGUGGGCAAGAUUCAUGCUGGAUUUAUGAAAGCCUUAGGCUUACAAAAACGAAAGGGUUGGCCUAAGAAAAUUGAGCAAGGCUCAGGUGGAAAAGACUAUGCCUAUUACACAAUAAGGGAAAUUUUGAGAAAUAGAUUGAGGGAAAAUCAGAAUGCAAAAUUCGUGGUAACUGGACACAGCUUAGGAGGGGCAUUGGCAAUUUUGUUUCCUGCCAUACUGAUUUUACAUGAAGAAAAUGAGCUGUUGGAAAGAAUGGAAGGAGUGUACACUUUUGGGCAGCCUAGAGUUGGAGAUGAGCAAUUUGGGGAGUUUGUGAAGGACAAGCUUAGAUUGUAUGACGUAAAAUAUUGCAGAUAUGUCUACAACAAUGAUAUAGUUCCAAGAGUACCGUUUGAUGACAAAACCCUCAUGUUCAAGCACUUUGGCCUUUGUUUAUACUUCAACAGCCGCUACCGAGGGCAGAUUCUAGAGGAAGAACCAAACCAGAACUACUUUUCACUGCUGUCGGUUAUACCCAGGCAUUUGAGUGCCGUUUACGAGCUGAUUAGGAGCUUCAUUAUCCCUUUCACGAGAGGAAUGGAGUAUAGAGAAGGGUUCUUUGAGAUUGUGUCUAGGAUGGUUGGAUUGGUCAUUCCUGGAUUACCAGAUCAUGGUCCUCAGGACUAUGAUAACGUCGCCAGACUGGGGACCUUACCCUUCUGGCAUCCUCCGUUGAAAGGCUUGAAACAAGAAUGAUAUAUGUAUUGGCAAACUAAACCAAGUUUAGAAGUAUUUAUUUAUUACUUUUAUUGGCAAACAAGAAUGAUAUAUGUAUUGUAAUUUAAGAAUUUGUGUUUUAUUUGAUGGUUUCUUAUGCAAGUGAUUUCUUUCCUUACAAGUUUGGUAGAGUACAAAUAAGACAUUAUUUAGGAUGUUUUCUAGAGA